GAUGGAGUGGGGGCCAUGAGGGAAAAAAAAAAUCCUAUGCUGGCUCUAUGAUACCAUGAAGAGAAAUGUAAAACCCAGAUGAAGACAAAGCAUUUGUUGAAAUGCCUCAAUGGGCGUAAACAUUUCUGAAUGAUAUUUCCGUAAGUGCUUAUCCUUCAUACAGUACAUCAGUAUUUAUAGAAGGCUCAGAAUACCAAAACAAAUUUACAAGAAUAUUCUAGAAGAUGCUAUAGAGGCACGGCCUUGCCAUUCUGUUGAGAAGUUUGUUGUGAUUUCGGUUGUGGUGGUCUGACAGCAGGUGCGUGCUGUGUAGCUCUGUGUAAUGGAGGCAAAUAUUCUGUUGUGCUAACACAACUGGAGAAACAAUGCCAACGAUGAUCAUCAACAUGUGUUCCAUCCCAUCUUGAAGCAGAUCCAGUUUACUUGUGAAGCCUGUGGUGAGGAACGCAAGGACAUUGCUAGCCUAUGUAGCAUUUGUCAACUCUUGAUUCACACCAAAUGUGCUCACUUUCCACAAACCAUCAAAACUGUAGCACAUGAUCACUCCCUCACCCGUACCUAUUCUCUGCAUCAAGCCAAGGAGCAGCUACACAAUGUAUUUUGUAAACUCUGCUACAAAAAGAUGGACACAAAGUAUGCAGGUUAUUAUUGCCAAGAAUGUGAUUAUGUUGCCCACUUGCCCUGCACUUAUGAUAAAUUGCUUAUGGAUGGGUAUGUGGACAUAAGUGUAACUCUUGAUGCACAGUUUGAGGAGAUAAGCCUAGAAGAGGGUGGAGUAGUUGGGGAGAUCAAACACUUCAGUCAUCAACAUAAUUUAUGUCUUGGUGAUAAAGAAAUAGAGGAUGAUAAGUUUUGUGAAGGGUGUGGGCAACUAAUCUUGGACUCUUUUUACAAAUGUGAGCAAUGCAAAUUCUUCCUUCAUGAAAGUUGUGCUAAACUACCCAAAAAGAAGCGACACUUGCUUCAUCGACACCCUCUCACUCUCAACUCAAGGGGUGAUUGCAUGUUCUAUUGCAGUGCUUGUAAGCAUCCUCACAGAGGCUUUAGCUACAAAUGUGAUGAGUGUUACUACAACUUGGACAUUCAAUGUAUUUCACUCCCGGAAACCUUUAAACAUGAAGGUCAUCAGCAUUCCCUCUUCCUUGCUAUAAGUUCGAUGGAAAAAUGCAAAGCUUGUGAUAGCUCAAGCAACUGUUAUGGUGCAUUCUUCGAACCUGUAUUUGUAUGUACCGAGCGCGAUUUCGUCUUGGGUUUUGAAUGUGCAAGUCUUCCGCUUGAAGCUAGGUAUGACACACAUCUUCUCAAACUCACAUAUACCGUCGAAGAUGAUUCGGGAGAAUAUUAUUGUAUGAUUUGCAAGGAGAAAAGAAAUCCAAACCAUUGGUUCUAUUAUUGUGAAAAAGGUGGCUUUGCUGCUCAUAUUGGAUGCAUUUCUGUGUCAUGGAGAUCCUAGCUUAUACUGGAUCAACUAUUUUGCUAUGGAGGGUGUAUCUUAUCCUUGGGAUUGAGAAGUGUGCCCUAAUCUCUCUUCCAAGGAAAAUUGUAGUAUAAAGUGCUCUGACAAGAGUUUGUCACCACCAUAAAGAGAAGUUUGUUUUGAUGUU